GAUAAUAGGAGCUUAAAAUUUAGAUACACUCGUUGAUAUCAAGUAGUAAGUUAUCACAGGUUAAGCAACUAAAAGCACAGAUAAUUUUUUUAAAAAUGCUUAUCUGUGGCAGAAGAAUACUUUCACUAAUCUGCAUUACAUUCUUCCUGGAAUUAAUUGACGCAAAAUGCAAUGUUUGUCAAACAAAUGGAGCUGCUUGUAUAAAUUCUACAUCAUUCUAUCUCUGUCAUGGAAAUUCUUUUCCAAAUUAUGAUAAACUUUAUCACUGCAAAAAAGGUUUCGAUUGUUCAAACUUAAAUGCAAUAUGUGUCCAAAGUUUAGCCUCAAGACCUGCUUCUUGUGGUGAUACAUCACUUUGUGGUCUUUGUAGUGCUCAUCAAAAUCAUUUGUUUGCUUGCACAAGUAGAACAACAUUUCAAAUGUGUUAUGGUGCAUCACAUCCUCAAAGUUUGAUUGGAUAUUGUCCCGAUGGAUAUGUUUGCAAUGCAAAUACAAAUUCUAUUUGUGUUCCGUUUUUAGAGGCCAAUGAUAUGACUUGUGAUCUUUUUAAUCCUAUUGAAAGUUAUUUAGAAGACAAUAGCAGUACAAAAUCAAAUGAGCAGAUUGAUAUUUCUACUGUGAAAUCAACAUCAUUGCCAUCACUUACUGCACAAGAGAUAUGUGAUGUUGAACAAAAAGUUGGAGUUUUUCAAAUUCCCGGGAAUUCGAGAUGUUUAGAAUACGUUAGAUGUUAUAUGAAGAGGAAAAUGAUUUUCGGAAGCUUAGCAGAAUGCCCAAAUGGAACUUAUUUUAGUGGCGAAACUUUACAGUGCACGUUGAUAAAACCAUUAUAUUGUUUGUAAUUUUUCUUGAAAGUUAUUAAAAUAUAUAUCUGAAACCUUUAAU